CUCUGUUCCCACAAUGCUCAGCGCCAGUGUCAGCCAUGUUGGGUUUUCCUUGACGAUGGGUGUCUGUGCUUAAUCUCCACAUUCUGGUGUCAUCCUUUUUCCACAUUGCUAUUUUCUACGUGAUUACUGAACCCGAGUGUGUUGUGAUUCCUUCUGGUGAGGAAGGAGAGGGAUAGCGCCAGAGACUCGCCACCAUGAGCUUCCUUUUUGGGAGCCGAGCGAGCAAGACCUUCAAACCCAAGAAGCACAUUCCAGAGGGCACCCACCAGUAUGACUUAAUGAAACAUGCAGCUGCCACGCUGGGUUCUGGCAACCUGCGCUCAGCUGUCAUGCUUCCUGAGGGGGAGGACCUCAAUGAAUGGGUUGCUGUCAACACUGUGGACUUCUUCAACCAGAUCAACAUGUUGUAUGGUACCAUAACAGAGAUGUGCACUGAUGAGUCCUGCCCUGUGAUGUCUGCUGGGCCCAAGUAUGAGUACCACUGGGCUGAUGGGCAGACUGUUAAAAAGCCCAUUAAGUGCUCUGCCCCCAAGUAUAUUGACUACCUCAUGACAUGGGUGCAGGACCAGCUAGAUGAUGAGACACUCUUCCCCUCUAAAAUUGGUGUACCAUUUCCAAGGAACUUCCAGAGCAAUGCCAAGACCAUACUGAAGCGGCUCUUUAGGGUUUAUGCACACAUCUACCACCAGCAUUUCUCUGAGGUAGUUCAGCUUGGGGAGGAAGCCCACCUAAACACCUCCUUCAAACAUUUCAUCUUCUUUGUCCAGGAAUUUCAGUUGAUAGAGCGGAAGGAGUUGGCACCCCUUCAAGAGCUGAUUGACAAACUUACCGCCAAGGAUCGAUGAUUCUAAAUGAGAGAAGUAUCCGUCUUGCUUGGAGGUUUGAGAGCAUGGAGUGAAGUAAGGUUGGGGAAUAAUAUGUGUUGUACAAGAGUAUUAAUCUCUACUUCAGAAGUCAGUUUUUUUAAUGUGAAGUUUGUGAGAUCUGCUGUCUGACUUUGAUAGGAUGAAAACUUUGUGCUCUCAUGAUUCAUUAAAACUAUGUAUUAGAAUUCACCAGUCUUACAAAGGGAAAAGAAUAUGUUUCUCACAUGCCUCCAUGUAGCAAGAGAACUGUAGAGAACAGGCUUGACACGUUUGUGGAGGUAGUACAGGUACGUACAUAAAUGAUGGAAACAGGAUGUUGAAUUGAUAAUGCAUUGUUGUCAUGUCUUAUGGUUAAAAGAAAUACUAGUUUGGGCAAGUUACUCUCCCUGCAUAUGGGAGUAAACACUUACAGAUGCCUUAACUCUGUGCAUUUUCCCCAUUCUUCGUUGCUGGCAAGUUGGGCCACUUGGGUAAUACCUGGAAAAAGCGAGGCCAAAGACAGCAAGUAGUACCACCCCACCAAUACUUGCUAUGGUUGGCCUUAGCAGCCAAUAAGCUUUAUGUUUCAGUUUUAAACAUACUUGCUUCUGCAUUCAUUGGCUUUGGUUUUUGAAGCUUUGUGGCAGACAAUUCAUUGCUUCAAGUAUGUAGUUGAUGGGAAUUGCACAGUAUGAAGGUUGAAUAUUGAAUAAGCCAUAGGAAGCUUUCAUUUGCUUCUUGGAAGUUCAUCAUCAUACUACUGCACACACAUUGUCAUUGCUGCCUUUUUUUUUUUUUUUUUUUUUUUUUUUUUAGAGCACUCUCAUCUAGUAUUAUAAUUUAUUUCUUACUCUUGAAGAAUGAUUUCUGGGGCUUAAAUGUUGAUAUUUACUGUCAUACCACAAAGCUUUGUAGUUUCAUGUCAUGUCACCAACUCAUAGCUACAGGCAGAUUAUUUUAGCACUUUAUUCAAUGUUUUAGCACUGUUCAUUUUUAAACCCUUCUCCCUCCCCCACCAAAAAAGAAAAAAAAAAAAAAAAAGUAACACGAUUCUGUUUAGUCAUAGUGCAGUGCUAGCCAACUAUUGAAUGAAAGCACCAAGUGGGAUUUCUCCCUAAUAGCAUCAGGUGUGCACUUGUUUCUUGUACAUUUCUCAACACUUGCACUUGGCAGUCUUCCACAGAAUGUCAGAUUAGAGAGUUUGUAUGUAAACCUGUUGGCUAUUUCAGUUUCCCAAGUUUUGAAAGAUGGAUAGCAUGAUUUAAACAAAUGAGAAUUGAGAGGUUGUGAAGAUGGGUUUGUGUGUGUAUGAGGCAACACUAAGUUUAUAAUGAAGCCACAAACAGUGGACUGUGUACUGUCUUUAUGGUCACUGUAUUGUCAUUGGGUAAGAGUGGUUAUUGACAGUUGGAUUUAUGAUAUAACUUUUACAUUAUCCAAACAUGAUGGGUGAUAGAGCAGGAUGCAGCAGUUAACAGUAGUAUAAAGCAACUUUUUCAAAAUGUAUAUGAUAAAACAGAUUUUCCUCCAUAUAUAAUGUAAUUCAACAACUAGUAUCAGAUUUUCAGCUUAAGGGAUUAUUACUACUUAACUGUAGCCAAGGCUGUAUAAUACAUAACCACAGCAUAAAUCAGUUAUCAUGGGCUUGCUGUGGUCACAAAUCAUUUUAAUGUGUUAUCCAGGUGUUGUCUUCUGAGACAGCUGCUGCUUUGUAGAAGCAUACUGUAUUUAUUACAGCCAUCCCACUUGAGUUAUAUGAAAUCAGGAGAUUGAUUAUCUCUUUACCAGAAAUCCAUCAUGUAAUAUAUAUAUUUUUUUUGGCAGUAAAGGUAGAAGGUGCCUUGAGCAGACAUGCCAAUGUGCAUCCACAAUUGUUCAUCCAUUAGAAAUGAAAUUCAUUAUUAUUAGAGGGACAAGGAGGCAGGAAAUAGCAAUUAGCCUGUUCAUUAAGAUUGAUUUCUCAAGAGCCUUCUUUGCAUCUUUACAAAAAAUUCUGCUGAGGUUUUGUGUGUAUGUUAAAAAGUAAAAGAUGAUGUUGAAAAAGCUUGGAAUUCAGUAAUGGAAUUCUUGUGACAACUUUCCUCCACAGUUCCUGCAAACAAAAAGUUGAAAAUGAAGAUUAACACUAAAACUGAAGGCUGUAUAGGACAUUCGCAGAAUCUGCAUUUUCUAUUUUGCUGUGGUUUUAAAACUGAAGGCUGUAUAGAACAUUUGCAGAAUCUGCAUUUCCUAUUUUGCUGUGGUUUCAGGUUGUGUAGAUGUAAAUCUCUAAAAUUAUUUUAGUGUGACUGAAUUCCAAGAUUAUUAUAGGAUGUGAAGAAUGACAAUUCCUAAAUGGAUUAUAUAUAUGAAUUAGUAUCAUGUUGACAUUGCUGCUGCUGCUGCUGCUGCUGCAGUGUUUAUUGAAUUGAUAGGCUUGAUAUUAGUGCUAGGUAAUUGAAAAGAACUGAUUUAUAGUGAUAGUUGAUUGGAAAUGUCCAUUAUUUUUACCAAACACACACAUAAAUUCUAGAGCCAUUAAUGUAAGGAUAAUUUUGAAGAUUCCUUUGGUGCUUAAGUAAAGGUGGAGUACGUUCACCUUUUUUUUUAUUUAUUAUUUAUUCUAAGGCAAUAGGAAUACAUUUCACAUUAUUUAGUGUGUGGGGUAAGAAUUUGGUUUGUACAUUGUUCACAGUCCACCUCCUUGCUGCUGCAGGUGUGGGUUGUCUGUGUGGCCAAGUGGUGGCCAGGCCUCGGCUGGCAGGUUGAUGUCUGAAGUAAAAAUAUGGGUGGCAAGCCAGUACUUAUAGAGCCCACUGUUUACAAACAAUAAUGCUACAGGCUUAUGAUGUCUUGUAAGUAGUGGUUUGUCAACUGCAUCACAAGGCGAUGCUUGCAUUGUGGUAGGGCAUGACACCUGGUCCUGCCACACUAACUUUUGAUCUUUGUACUCACCAGGAUAGGCAUAGACUGACCAUUUCUAAAUCUCUCACCAAGUAAAUGCAAACAUGCACACACCUGGUUUAUAAGACAGGUUAUUUAGAGAUUUGAGGAGAGGCUGUGGGGAGUGACUGUGGGUCCAUAAACAUAUUGUGAGGGACAUCCUGUGGGUCUGUGGGCUGUGGAGAGAGAGAGAGAGAGAGAGAGAGAGAGAGAGAGAGAGAGAGAGAGAGAGAGAGAGAGAGAGAGAGAGAGAGAGAGAGAGAGAUUGUGUGCAUUUGUAAUUUGGUUAUGUGUUAUUUAUUAUGUUCUACCUACCUAUCUAGCUGUAUCUUACAAUUUGUUUUCUUCCCUUUCUGGGAUUUCCUCACUGUGCAGCCAAAACCUCAUCUGUGAAUGUCCUUCAAAUGCACUUCCAUAUCUACUACAUGCAUUCCUUAACACCAGAACUCUUGUCCUCCUAAGGAAAAAGAACAGUCCCCACUGUGCCAUUGAGCAAGGAUCAAAGAGCAAGCUAAUCUAGCACAAGUAUUAUGUAAAUAAAAAAUUCCUUGACUAUGGUACCAUACAACAUGGGUUGGUUGCACAAAUGCUACUACUUGUGUUGUUCAAAUUCCUUCAAAAUAUACACAUACUGAAAAUUGUACCACAAAAAUUAUGCCAAACCAUAACAUGCUGCAUAAUAUGUUAAGACUAUUUUGCACCCACCUGAGUUCUGCCAAAUUAUGUUUUAGGGAAAGUGAUGUCCUUACAUCUUACUGAUAGUGUGCUUUUACUAUAGAAUCUGAUCUGAGUCAGUCUGGAAUGUGUUUGCUGUGAUAGUGUAUAGGAUGCAGCAGUGAUAUGGUAGCAGUUACCAACUGAAGGCUGAUGACAACUUACAGAUGCCAAUGGGAAAGAGCAGUUUUCUGAUCUCUUUGAUUACUGCAUUUUGUGCUUCAUUCUGUAGCAAACAGUGUCUACUUAGAUUGAACACAAUUAUGGGGUAGCUCUGUCAAAGCCCAUUAGUAGUAACAAGAAUCACUCUUGUAUCUACUGGUCUGUCUUGGAAUUUAUUUUUAUUUUUAUCUUUUAUUUUUGUUAUACAAAAAACUACACUGAAAAUUGUUCAUACCAAAAACUAUUUUAAGUAAGAAAUGUUUUUCUUUAAAAUAAAUUUCUACAUUAAUUCAGCUAUAAUGGUCUUCCCAUUACCUUUUCAAAAGCUUGUGUGUUUUAUAGGAGUAAUUUCAAGUGAUGAAAAUAGCAUUUGUGCUGCUCUUGCUUCUUAAGGCCAUGAUACCAAGACUUCAUAUCUGUUCACAAAGUCCCAGGGUGUGUUACCCCUUCCACUCUGAAAAAUGCAUUUCUAUGAGGAGACAUUCAAGAAUUACAUCAGUGCAGGGUGAUGCGAGAAGUUAACACAAGCUAUGGAUGGAAAGACGACAUCAGGUAUAGGAAGCCAUAUCUUCUUAUAUUGAUCUAUCUCUACCAAGUUGUUUGAUACUCUUCUGUCAUGACUUUAUAAAAUCUGUUAACACAAAAGUAAAUUUCACUUCCAUGCCUUCCCAUAGCCAUGUUAUGUAAUAGAUAAGUCUUUUGAAGGUUCUGCCAUGUGCAGGCAUAGCACUACCUCACUUUGUUACCUGAAGUACAGAUAAGAGCAGGCUGUGUUUAGUUUAUCAUUUAAUAUACAUAUAUGUUCCAAAUUGGAAAGUUUGUAAUGCUCCAUAUCCUAUGGAUGUGGAAGUAAUAUAACAAAAGAACAAAAAAAAGUGUUUUAAGAAACUUAAUCCUGAAAAAUUUUUACACCACAAAACACAAUUUACAUUUCUUUAAGAUAACUGGACUGAUAAGGGAGAAGUGAGCUUUCUCUGCUUACAGUUCUCAUUGGACAGGAUGCGAGUUCUCAGUGUUUUUAUCUUAGACAGGAUGCUUUACAAGUUUUCUAAACAAUUGAUAAUAGAUUUCUUUUCCUCUUCAAUAUGCAAGAGUGGCACCUUGAACAGAAGCUGGUCUCAUGGUGUCCUCAGACUGCUUUCAUGUUUGUCCUACUCUCUACUUUUUAAUCAUAUGGCAAGAAAAUGUUCCCAUAAUUUGGUCUAGCAUUUUUCCUGGUUGCUUGGAAGGGACGGCAUUUACCCAGUCUUGUUUGAUGUCUUUACCAUCUUUAUACUUGUAGACAAAAACAGGAAUACAGUAGAAUUACUAAUCAUUGUACAAAUGCACACUCAGUAAAUUUACAAAUCAUUAUACUGUACCACUGUGCCAAUCUAACCUUAGAAUAAAACUAAAGUUUAUGCAGUUUCUCCAGUCAAAAGUAUGACCAUUUUUUGGUCUCAGAUUUUCUACUUAUUCCACAUUGAUGGAUGUCUAAUAACUCUUGCAUUAACUGCCCUCCUGCAUGAAAGUGAGGUACACAAUGCUGACACAUGGCGCUACUCUCCUAAGACGCAUGGUCUAUGAUAUGAAGGUACACUACUGGGUUGCACUGAGGUGUUAGUCUGUGGUGUAAAACUCAAAUCAUUGAAUGGUUUAACACUACUAAUGGUGUUGUGCUGAUGCUACAUAGCCUAAAAGAUUAACCUUUAGUAAGUUUUGUGAAUGCUAAAAACCAUGAAAUGGGGUCUGGUAUAAGAUAUAAUGGAAACUUGAAUAUAAAUCAAUUUGCAUGGACACAACUGGCCAGCUGAUGCCCUGACUCACCUGCCAGCCAUUACCACUCAUUCAGGCACAGCACUCAGGAGGGUUGGGGGGUGGGGCUCCUUCACUCGUUGUGGAGAAAUGCCUGGGAGAAAAAGAUACAUUGAGAUUGUUCUUGUUUCAUCCCUUCCAAUAAAAAAAUUUGAGGUCUUUAAUUGGCAUUUUUUUUUCAUAAAUAUUCAGCAUAUCAGUUUAAAUUUAAUUGAGAUUUUCAAAAGUAAUUUUUAUGUAGAAAUACCAAAUGAUUGUGUGUAUAUUGUAGGCUAAAGAAUAAUGUGCUACUUGCUCACUCACUCAUGCCGGCAAUGAAAGUGAGAGGCAAGGGCUGAUAAAUAGGGAAGGUCUGUAUCAUAUUAGAAACUAAGCAUUAUAGGACCACUUAGUAAGCAAUGCUAUUAUAGAACUAAUUAAAAACUAUAAUUCCAUAAGGGAAUGAGAGAUCCCUCCUCCUAGUUGAACCCAGCAGUAAUAGGAAUAUUCUUUCCAAGACCAGACCAUCUUGUACAUCUAGAGAUCUUAAAAACAAGUCAUACAGAGAGAGAGAGCAGAAAAAAGGAAGAAAACAAAAAUUAUGUGCUUGAUUCAGAGCACUGAAUUCAUAAUUUGCCAAGAAAAUUAUAUGAAUCGUAUAUAGACCCCAGUGAAGCAUCUUUACUGGAAAAAUCCUUUGAAUUUUAAAGGAAAUAACAUGCCCUGUAAUGUUGAGUGUCAUGAUCAGACACUCCACUAUUAUGGAAGCUCUCACACCAAGGGUAUUGGUCAUUUCAACCACUCACCAGGUAUGAAGCAGGAUAUGCAUUUCAUGAACACUUGUGUUAUUGUUUCAUACAGUGUGGAAAAGUUUUCUUUCACUGUGUAUUUAUUGCAGUAAUGGGGUCAUCUGUUGGUGGCAGGUGUGGUUGCUUUCAUGACUCCAUGCCAAUAUCCAUUUUCCAAAGACUAUAAAACUAAUUUCUGACAACAAAAAUCCCAAGUACAUUUUUUCACACAUGGACAAAAUUCAGUAAGAUGAGAUCAACAGUGUAUGGAUAACCUUAAGCUGUCAAAGAACUGUGUGAUGCUCAGUUAUACACCUUUUUUGAUUUGUAGAUCUUUGCUUGGCUAAGAGUUGUGAUGAGCUGAGAGCUUGCUGGGCUUUAUUUUCUCUUAUGAUUGUUGAUUCCAAUGUUGACAAGUUAUUUAGCUUUAUUAUGUUUUCUGUAAACAAAAAAAUGAGGCUGGAGGAAUCUGAUGUCAGCUGUGGGCUGUGGAUGCUGCACAGUGGCAGUGAAAUUCAGUUGCAGCUUGACAUUUUUUUUGGAGUCUCCAUUGAUAUAAGUACAUUAUGUAAUACCUGAAUCUCUGAAUGCAAGAGAUAAAUUUAUAUUGUAAAAUUUUUAUUCAUGUCCGCAUCUGUUUGUUCACAAAAUGCAACACCACACAUAUUCAUGAUAUGUAUAAGUGUUUCUUUGUCACUGGAGUAUCAAUUGGAUUCCCUUUAUGUAAAUAAUUGAAAAUAGAUUUUAACAUAAACAUGUAUUUUUUGUUAUGACUUUGCAAGAUACCAAGCAGUCCAUAACUGUGAUGAAUCCAAGUUUAUGUACUUUAUGAAUUAAAAGAUAAGUACUAUAGGAGAACUUUUAGUUUGUGAAGCCAGUGUACACCACACCAAAGAAUGAGGUGACAAUUAACUUCCUUGAUUACAAAUUUGCUCCAAAUCUCUCGUGUGAGUACACUUGAGUACAUUAUUUCUACCAAACCAAGUUCAUUAGGAUUUUUUGCAACUUAAAUUUAAACCAGUACUCUUGAUCUCUAUACUGAACUUGGGACCUGAUAUUGGCAAGUCAGUUCAGCACACUAGACCUUUACAGUUACAGUUCUGUAUGUGGCAGUGUAGCCUCAAGUUCCUAUGAAAGGCACAACACAUGAGGGUCAGAUUCCAGUCAGUAUGCAAAGUGUAUAGUUCAAUGUAACUAAUUGCUACCCAAUGUAAUAAUCACUAAAAUUCAUAUUUUAUGAACCUGGAGUCAUGUAUUUCAGUUUCAAUAAAUAUUUUUAUCUUA